AAUAUGGGAACGGUGUGCUUAAAAGAACGAUUAUAAGUUGAGCCUAAUUCAAUAUAAAAAGUGGAUGAAAAGGAGGAAGAUGAGGAAGUGAUUUCUGAGUUUCCUUAAGAAGAUGAAGAAGGCUAAGAGAUUUAAUUAAGUCAUUUCAUAAUGUUAAGAGUAUUAACUUUGGUUAAUUUAAGAAUUUGGGAAAGGGUAGUUAUGGAAAAGUUAUGUUAGUUUAACAUAGAGUUUCCCAAAAAUUAUAUGCAAUGAAAGUGUUAAUCAAGAGUGCUGUUAAAACAAGUUCAUAGAAAAAGCAUAUUUAAACAGAAAGAAAGGUUUUAGAGAUAACGAAUCAUAAUUUUAUAACAAAAUUACAUUAUGCUUUUUAGAGUAAAACCAAAUUAUAUUUGAUAAUGGAAUUUGUAUCAGGAGGAGAACUAUUUUAUCAUUUGAAAUUGAAAGGUAGAAUGACAGAAAAAAAGAUGAAGUUCUAUGCAGCAGAAAUUUUAGUUGGAUUAGAUUAUUUACAUAAAGAGAAUAUUAUAUAUAGAGAUUUAAAACCAGAAAAUAUUUUAUUAGAUUCAGAUGGACAUAUAAAAUUAUGUGAUUUUGGUUUAUCGAAAAUAUGUAGUAUGGGAGAUAUGUAUGCUAAGAGUAUUUGUGGAACUUUUGAAUAUAUAGCUCCAGAAAUCAUUCUUGGAGAAAUGUAUACAAAAUGUUGUGAUUGGUGGACAUAUGGAGCAUUAUUAUUUGAUAUGUUAACUGGUAGACCUCCUUUUUAUUAGUUAAGUAGAAAAUAAAUUAUGGAAUUUGCUACUGUUAAAGAUAUUGAAAUUCCAUCAUAUUUAUCUGAAGAAGCUAUUGAUUUAUUAAAGAAUUUAUUAAAGAGAAAUCCUGAAGAACGAUUAGGAGGAUAGAGAGAUGCUUAAGAAAUUUAUGAACAUCCUUUUUUUAAAGAUAUUGAUUUUUAGAAAAUAGAAAGAAAAGAGAUUGAUCCUCCAUAUGAUUUAGGUAAUGAAAGACCUUUUAAAUUUUUUGAUUAAAAUCUAAUAAGAAAAAGUAGUGUCCAUGAUACACCAGUCACGGAAUUAGGUAGAUUUCAAGAUUUCUCUAAUUUUACAUAUAAUGGUGACAAAUUAUCUAAUGAAUGUAAUAAAUUAUUAAUAAUUCAUUGA